AUGACUCGUUUGUCCUCGCUGCAGAGGAAGGCUGCGCUGGAGCUCAUUCAGGACGACUUGGGGAUCCUUGCGUCGGAGUACAUGGACGAGAAGGAGUUCGUUUUCGAUACGGAGUUGCUCUCUAUCGAGAAACAGAAGCGCCUUUUCGCAUAUGUCAAUUCCAUGGUGCGCGCCAACAGGGAGCUCUGGCUGCAGCAGCAGCAGGUCGCAGCGAACCUGGGAGGCGCGGCGGCUUACCGAGCCCAAGGAGGCGGGUCGACCGCGUCGUCCGCCGGUGGCUCUCCUUACCCAGUCGGCGGGGAGGGGGCCUCCGGCGUACCCGGCAAGGGCGCGGGGACGGAGGCCAGGAGGGGGAAGAAGAAGCGGGACGAGCGGAAUGGAGCAGGAAGCGACAGCAGCAGCAGCGACUCGGACAGCAGCUGCAGCAGCAGCAGCUCGUCCUUCUCAGAUAGCUCUUCGGCGUCAAGCUCUGACAGCGACGACAGCGAUGAUACCGACGACGAGAAGGCGGACGCAGACGAUGCGAAGAAACAGGCGCGUGCUGCGGCUGCCUCGGCGUCGACUGCGGACGAGGCGAUUGCGAUGCCAACUUCCCAAAGUAAAGACGGUAGUUCGUGGAACAGGGAUGCUAACAGCACAGCUCUGCUGCCAGGAGCGGGGGUGGGCCAUCACGCAGUAGCCGGCGGCGAGCCUGCAGCGGCGCCGUCCUCGGGGGCUGCGGCCUCUUCGGGAGGGACAGCAGAUGGUGGAGCCCAGUUGCUGACCGUGUCGGGCUCUAGCGGAGGCCCCCCCUCAGAGCGCGCGUCGCCUCCUCCUGGUGUUUCCUCCUCCCAUCAGGCGGACUUCCCGGGCGCGAGUGCGGCGACGGCGCCGAGAGACGGGCAUGCGUCCGCGGCUGAGAGGUUGGCUGCCGAAGGCGGCGCUGCGGCUGUCGCCACCUCGAGGGAAGAAGGCCGGCGCGAAGACGCAUCGGGCUCCGUCCCUGGACAAGGCGAGGGGAUGGAACCGGCGGCCCAUGCUGCGAGCUGUGGCGCUGGAGCCGCCGCGCGAUCUGGUGGCCUGCCGCAGUAUACCCCCGUGUGUGAAGAGGGGUCCGAUGAGAUUCGCGAGGAAGUCAUGGGGCGCCACGCGGAUUUCUUCGGCGCCUUCGACAGCCAGGCGCCCGAAGAAGGCAGCGAAGAGACUGUGGGGUCUCAGGGCCUAACGGCGGAAGCCAAGUCGACAGCGUGGAAGGAGUGGAAGGGCCAAGUCAUUCAGCAGGGCUUCGUCGCUCAGCGUGCGUAUGCCACGCAAGAUCGCAGCGUGAACGAAAUUAUCGCAGAAGGUUACGACGCUCGCAUAUAA